AUGGAGAAGAAAAUAAAAGAAGGAUUGUUAUCCACACCAAAGUAUGUACCACACUGGUAUUUAUACGACACUCAAGGUUCAAAACUGUUCGAAAAAAAUGCUAUGGAAAAUCCUUUAUAUCAUAUUUAUCGAACUGAAAAGACUAUGCUUGAACAAUAUUCAGAUUUGAUUAUCUCUGAUUUAGGAGAUGACAUUGUGUUAUGUGAGUUGGGUGCUGGCAGUUUAACAAAGACUACACACAUAAUAUCAGCAUUAUUGAAUAAAAACAAAGACUUGACGUAUAUACCGAUUGAUAUAGCUGGAGAUUUUAUGUUGCAAAAUGCUACCGUGUUACAGGAACAAUUUGAUUCCGUUUUGGUUGAGCCAUUUGUUGGGGAUUAUAAUGAUGGUUUGACUUAUUUAAGAAGUAUACGAAAAGGGAAACUGCUCAUAUUUCUGGGAAAUAGUUUAAGCAAUAUACCCUUGAAUAAAAUGGAGAAUUUUUUAUCAAGGGUUUUAGAAACAAUGGGAGAAAAAGAUAGAUUUCUGAUUGGUAUUGAUCUCACGCAAGAUAAAGAUAAAAUUCUUGCCAUGCAUUCUGAUCCAAAAAUGGGAAUAUCAUUUAAUGAAAACCUACUGAAUCGAUUGAAUAGAGAGUUCAACGCAAACUUCAAAAAGGAAAAUUUCCAGUUACAUUGCAAUUACGUUAUUCGUGAUGACAUGUGUGGCACCGUUAAACACGCACAAUAUAUACAAAAGGCCCUAAAAAGCACGUGCGAACAUGUCGUACAUCUAGACACGCUAGGUUUAACUAUACAUUUUAAAGAAGGUGAACUUCUAUAUAGGCACGAAUUGGUAAACGGGAGUCUUAAAUGGUCAUGGAAUCAAUUUGAAGAUACCAUGAAGAGAAAUGGACUGUACUUGGAAAAGACUUGGAGUGACGACGCCAAUAGUUAUGGACUAGCGUUGUUAAAACGAAUGUAG